UCUGAAUCGUUCUUUCCUUUUUCAUCAACAUGGCUGAUCAGAACGAGCGCGCCUUCCAAAAACAAUUCGGUGUCAACCUAAACCGCAAGGUCAAGCCCGGUAUCACCAAGAAGAAGCUGCUGCGUCGCUCCCGCGAUGUGGGACUCGGUUUCAAGACCCCACGUGAGGCCAUCGAUGGUACCUACAUCGACAAGAAGUGCCCCUGGACCGGUGAUGUGAGGAUCCGUGGUCGCAUUCUGACCGGCGUGGUCCGCAAGGCCAAGAUGCAGCGCACCAUUGUCAUUCGGCGCGACUACCUGCACUUUGUGCGCAAAUACAGCCGUUUCGAGAAGCGUCACCGCAACAUGAGCGUCCACUGCUCCCCUGUGUUCAGAGAUGUUGAGCAUGGCGAUAUUGUCACCAUUGGUGAGUGCCGUCCUCUGUCCAAGACUGUGCGCUUCAACGUCCUGAAAGUCAGCAAGGGUCAGGGAGCCAAGAAGAGCUUCAAGAAGUACUAGAGCGGACAACUACCAUUCGGGCGAUAAUAUUUGUAGCAAUUAUUCUUUUUGAAUAAAACAAAAAAAAGUAACUUUAACCAUGGGUUUUCUCCAGUUCUUCUCUCAGUUUCCACAGCAUUUCAGCAGUCGUGCAGCCAGCUAUUCCAUUAAAAGAAACUAAAGAUGACCGCAAGAAUAUGGACACGAAUUGCAUUGAAUGUACAUUAUUAAUAUGAUUUUCUUAAAUAAAAGUUGAUUGAUU